AUGCGUCUCCUUGCGAUAUCUUCGUUCCUCCUAUGGAUGGGGGCGAAUGCUGCCGUUAGCCCCUCGGCAAGAUGGGUGGAGAAGCGAUCUCUCGCCCAGAUCUAUGAUGCCGCACUGGCAGAGGGCGGCGUUGUCACAGUUUGGCAUGGAGGUGAUGAGCCGAACCAGAUGGACGGGCUCAAAGCUGCUUUCGAGGACGCCUUUCCCGGCAUAACGCUUAAUCUUACGAUCGACUUGUCGAAAUACCACGACGGUAACAUCGAUAAACAGCUGGCACAGAAGAAUGUCUAUGUCGACAGCGUUAUUCUCCAGACACUGCAUGACUUUCCGAGAUGGAAGAAGCAGGGCGCUCUCCUCAAUUACGCUCCAGUUGGCUUUGAAAGGGUCUUUCCCAGUCUCAAGGACAGCGACGCGACGUAUUACGGAUAUACUGGACUGGGCUGGCAGCUAGUCUGGAAUGGAGAAAAGCUGCCAGGCAAUGCCAUCCAAGAUUUCACCGACUUCUUGCGUCCCGAGCUCAAAGACAAGCUUGUGUUGACAUAUCCAAACGACGACGACGCCAUCCUCUUUGCAUUCGACUUGAUCAUCAAGCAAUAUGGGGACAAGUGGUUUGAGGACCUUUUGAAUCAGAAUCCUCGCUGGGUCCGCGGAAGCGCUACUCCUGCUGCGAUCAUGGCAGACCCUGAGUCCCCCUACGCUGCAUCCUUCACCACCAUGCUUGGCUUAGGCCAAGCACCCAGCCCUUUCAACGUCACGUUUCCUAGGCAAGGAAGACAUGUGACAUGGGCGCAGACGGCGGCGAUUCUCAAAGAUGCCCCCCACCCAGAGGGGGCGAAGCUUUUCCACAAUUUCCUCCUCAGCAGGGAUUUCCAGGCGGCGAACGGAUUCUGGAGCGUGAGGUCAGACGUGCCGGCCCCAGCUGGCCAGCGGAGUCUGAUCAAUCUGCCGCGCAGUAACCCGGUGGAGUUUAGGGAUUUCAUGGCGGACCGAGCGAGCGUUGAGAGGCUCAGGUUUUGGUUUGAGGAUAGAAUUGGCACUGCACAGGGCCUCACUCCUCUGGGUGAUGAUUUGUAA